CCCGCCACGCAAGAAUGCCUAGAAUACGUGAGCACACCAACAGACAUGCACACACACGCAGACACGCACGUAGAGCUUUUCGUUGGUCGGUGCGGUGUUGGAUCCGUUCAAUCAAUCGCCGUUGUCGAAGUGUGGCCAGAAGUCCUUGUGUUCGAUGAGCGUGACGUAGAGGUAGUACGCCAGCCAGAACAUCAGCAGCCGGAACACCGACGAGUUCAGGACUAUCUGACCACACAAACAAACGGCAAAGAGCCCAAACAGACACAUGUGGCACACACACGCGCCCACGUAUGCUCACCCUCAUUGGUGCCGGCAGUUUGUAGUUCUUGACCAAUCCCGUGAAGGCCAUCAGCAGCUUCCGCUGCCACCUGCCACACACACACACACAUACACACACAUACACACACACACUUCCAAACCCAGACAGACGAACACACCGACAAGUGCGCCGGCCGCACCUUUCGUCUUGUUUGUCGCCGUCCCUCCGUUUGUCCAUUUGUUUGGUGAGUGAGAUGAUCUCCUGGUCGGCCUCGUACCCACGGCUGCGGCCAUCCGUCCGCACCGAACGCUCCUCGCCUUCACGCAGGGGUGAAUGGGUAUACAAGGACAGCACUCAUCUGUGUGUGUGUGUGCUCACCCAGCAGGCGACCAAAUCGCGUCUGUUCUGGCUGCUGUUCUUUGCCUUUGUCUUCUUUCCUGCCUCCAGGCUCCUGCUCCUGCUGCUGCUGCUCACCGUCCUGCUGUGCGCUGAUUGAGUCAGUCAGAGCACCCACACACACACAGACACACACACAGACACACAGACAGACAGGGACUCUGUGUGGACAGGUACCUGUCCUUGUCUGUCUGCGUUUGCGCACCUGUUGGCCAGCAGCAACCGUCGUCUUCUUCUUCUUUUGAGGACACACGAAGAGGGAUGAGUCGGCACGGCUGCGCACACACGUCCACACACAUCUAUCCAUCCACGCCAUACACACGAGCACACCCCGAGGGUGUGCAAUGCAGGCAGGCAGGCAGCCAGGCCGACCUCUGUGUCUGUGCACGGCAGCUGCAGGGAAAGGCAGACAAGGGACCACAAACACACUGUCAGCCGGACAGCGGCAGAUCUGAUGUUGACCAACAUGAUGAUGGCCGGCGAGCGGCAAUGAACAAAGCGAUACCGACAUCUCCCACACACCUCCGCGCACACCCUCAGCAGCAAUAACCAGCCAGGUCACAG